AAUUAAACUCACCGCCACAUUUUUUUAACCACUUCCUAAACACAAAAUACAGAAGAAAAAUAGAGUGAUCAGAGCUAAUUCAAAUAAAAAAUAAUUUUAAUACAGUUAUAAUCAUAUCAGGAACAACUUAGAGAUCAAAAAUGUCUUGGCAAACUUACGUAGACGACCAUUUGAUGUGCGACAUUGAUGGACAAGGCCAGCAUCUCGCCGCUGCUUCCAUCGUUGGCCACGACGGUAGCAUUUGGGCUCAGAGCGCCUCUUUUCCUCAGUUGAAACCAGAGGAGAUCACCGGCAUUAUGAAGGAUUUUGAUGAGCCUGGCCAUCUUGCUCCUACAGGCUUAUACAUUGCAGGCACAAAAUAUAUGGUUAUCCAGGGCGAAAGUGGCGCUGUAAUCCGUGGAAAGAAGGGAUCGGGAGGGAUCACUAUAAAGAAAACUGGCCAAGCUCUUGUGUUCGGAAUCUACGAGGAGCCGGUAACUCCGGGACAGUGCAACAUGGUGGUUGAGAGGUUGGGCGAUUACCUCAUUGAUCAGUCACUGUAGGCCUCUAGUUCUAUCACCAAUUAAUAUGUUCCUUAAGAAUUUUGUGUUUAUUUUUGUGAUUUGUUUCUUGAUCCAUGGUUUCUAAUUCUUCUGUUAAAAGCUGAGAAGUAGUAGCAGAUAAUAACCAUGAGAGAACUAAAUUGAUUGUUUCUUUUUUUAAUGUUUAUUAUUUUGUGGUUUUCAUCCA